UGGUAACACACCCAGUUGUUUCUUCACGCCCAGCCAGCGCUGACGGGCACCCUGCGACUCCUCACUGUGAGACUGUACGUGGGGGAUUGCAUUAGAAGGAAAUCAGCAGCUCAGAGUUGUUAGUUUCACCUACCGAAACUCGUUUUCUUAUUGAUACAGCUAAACGCUCAUUUGUGCGCAAACUUGGAUAGUACGCUUGGAUACUUGUCGCCAUGGGAGGAAGACGCAAAGAUGCAUCAGGAUAUGACGAGGACUACACCUUUGUCAGUCCAGUUGUCAAAUAUCUACUCUUCAUAUUUAAUUUAAUAUUUUGGAUAAUCUCCCUGGUGAUGGUGUCAAUCGGCGUGUACGCCCGCAUGAUGAAACAUGCAGAGGCAGCUCUGGCGUGUCUGUCAGUGGACCCUGCUGUAAUGCUGAUGGUCGUGGGGGUCCUCAUGUUCAUCAUCACCUUCUGUGGUUGUGUGGGCUCCCUGCGAGAAAACAUCUGCCUUCUGCAGACAUUCUGUAUCUGUCUGACAGUGAUCUUCCUGCUCCAGUUGGCUGCUGGGAUCCUGGGCUUCAUCUUCUCUGAUAAGGCUCGGACUAAAGUGACUGAGAUGAUCAGUGAUGCCAUCAUCCACUACAGAGAAGACAUUGAUCUGCAAAACCUCAUUGACUUUGGUCAGAAAGAGUUUGGCUGCUGUGGUGGUGUGACGUACACUGACUGGUCCCAGAACAUGUAUUUCAACUGCAAAGAGGACAACCCCAGCAGAGAACGCUGCUCUGUCCCCUUCUCCUGCUGCAUCCCAACCAAAGACAAGGAGGUUAUCAACACCAUGUGUGGACAAGGCAUGCAGGAUUUAGAGUACAUUAAAGCUGGAGAGUACAUCCACACCAAUGGCUGCAUAGACAAACUGGUGAACUGGAUCCACAGUAACAUGUUCCUACUGGGAGGCGUCGCCCUGGGACUGGCAAUACCACAGCUGGUUGGCAUCCUCUUGUCUCAGAUUUUGAUCAACCAGAUCAAAGACCAGAUCGAGCUCCAGAACUACAACCUUAAGCACCGCUCUGACCCUUGGAGCUGACCCAGGCCGGAUUAGACUGGAUUCUGAUGAACAGCAACAAAAACAUGGUGACACCAGCCAGUGUCUUUGCCAGUUCUGUGAAAAUAACAUUUGUCAUCUUUGCCUGGAUUGAGCAUUCAGUAUCAUUGCUCUUGGACUUAAAAACACAAGAUUCGUGUUAAGCGAGCGCGUGGACAAACCAUUAAUGUGCUUUCAAAUACUUGGCAUGGAGGUGGAAGUCAGGACCACACAAAGGAAGCAGAUGGGGGAAUAGGACUCUGUCGCCGCCUACUGGACAUAGACCAUGUUUGAACUGACUAUAUACAGUAGUUAGUACCAAAGCAGAGGCAGAGGGGUUGUUUGGUGCUCACGGUCACAUGGAAAGGAUCAUUGACCUUCACUUCAAAACUGCCAUCAGUAUAUCAAUUUUUUUUGUCAACUAUAUCUACGAUGUUGCAAAUGUUAACUAACUGAAAAAGGAAUUGCAUUUUUGAAUGUAUAAUAAUAAUUUUGUAGACUUUAUAGAAAUAAAAGAAUGUAAGACAGAAAGUCUUAUACAUGCUCAGUAAUGUUGCAUAUUGCUAUGUGAUGCGUUGGACAUGUAUUAAUGGGUACCCUAAUACAUAUAUAUGUUUUUAGUUAAAAUCCCUGCGUCAAAUAGGAAAUUCAUUCUACUUGAUACAUUCCUAAAGAUAAAGCAUCAGUUGCGAUGUAGUUUUGUAUACUUUCACAAGCUUAUGUUAAAAGUAAAGUAUUAAAGAGCCCAAGGAAUGCUUUGUACCCCUGUUACAUAAAAGGAACAGUAUAACAGUAUAAUAAAGCUUGUUUACA